AUUUUGCCUUCUUAAAUAAAAACAAAAAAAAAACCCCUCCAUUCCAAUGAAAAGAACAUCAUCACCCUCUUCUUCUUGACCACAGAAAAAAAUUGCAGAGCACGGAAGCAGAGAAUGUCGUCAACUGCUACACCAGUAGCAAGAAGAAGACCCAAAUGGCACCCAAUUCAACCUCCACCACCAAGCCCCAAAAUUCUCAACUUACCCAGAAGGAUUCGCCACCGGAAAUACCUCAAAAAGGCCGCCGGGAAACCGUCUUCUUCAACCUCCACCAACCCUUUAUUGGGUGUGAACCAGAGUAACUUUAAUUACUACUAUUAUGAGACAAGGAAAGGCAAACUGGAGAGGUUAUUCGGUGAAGAGAGGGAGUUUUCGAGAACAGAUGGUGCUGAUGUGCCGAUUGUUCUGUUAAAUUCCUCUGCUUCGGCGUCUUCUUCGUCGUUGUCCACUGGGAGGAGAGACAGAGUGGAGAAAGAAGAAGAGGAGUUUGCAGAAGAGAAGUGGAAGUUUCAAGCUGAGAUUUUGAGGGCUGAGUGUAACUUUUUGAGGUUGGAAAGGGAGGUUGCUUUGAAGAAGUUAGGGAGGGACAAAGUUAAAAUGGAGAGGAUUCUUAAAUCAACCAUUCAAACUCUAAUUUCUGGAAGGAAGAAAAUAUUCGAAGGGGCGAAUGUUGGUGCAGUAUUAGAGGAGGAAAUUGAAGAUUUAGCAUCAAAAUUGAUGGAGUUACAGAGGAAUUCUGGGAUGAAGGACAACCUGGAGUUAAAGAGCUGCAGCAACUUUGAUAAGAAGACUUGUCUUUUGCAGCGUCGACUGGCAGAGAUCGGAGGCUUCUCGGAUGAGAAUUAUGUGAAGGAGUUGCAGGAUUUAGCUGAUUCCAGAUUGUCCAUGAAUAUGAGCCAUGAUAGUGGCAACCUGAAUUGUGAUUCGGGUUCGAUGAGCAAACAUGAAUCAGUUGAGGUGGAGUCCCUGAGAAAAAAAGUGGAGGGACUGUCAAAGAACAUGCUACAGAGAAUUGAGGAAGAUAUUGAUUCAAUUCUUUCCACCACCGCCAACAGUUCUGUUGCCAGUUCUGCUUCAACAAAGCGCAUUGAAUAUCAAGAGUCGGCUUUUCCCAGAGGACAACUGUUUCAGGAGUCAAUAUCACGAGAAGAUGUCAGAUGCACAGGACGUUGCAAGGCCAUUGUGCGCAAGAUUGUAGAGCAAGUGAGAGCUGAAACUGAACAAUGGUCCCAAAUGCAAGAAAUGCUAAGGCAGGUGAGGGCUGAGAUAGAUGAGCUUCAGGUUUCUCGCAAAUUCUGGGAAGACCGAGCACUCAAUUCAGAAAAUGAAGUUCAACGUCUACAAUCUGCUGUUGAGGAAUGGAAGGAAAAAGCUCUUGCAUCAGAAACCAAAGCAAAUGAGCUGGAAAAGAAUUUGUCAAAAAUGAAAGGGGAGGUUGCAAAACUAACAGCAGAAGGCAUCGAACAAGGCCAGGUGACAAUCAACACAAAGAAGGAAAACCAUUACACAAGAGAUAUCGAGUGUACCAAAGAGAGCAUUAAAGAUAAGGGGAAAGGAGAUGAAAACCAUCAUCAAAUUAUGCCAAGUGCAUAUCCUCCUGUACCAAUGUCCCUAGGGAAACAGCUUGAAAAGGAGAAGAUCAUGCUGCGCCGCUUGAAAGAGAAGUACAGGGAAUAUGACAAAGGGAAUAGACAUGAGAUUUCCACUGACCGAAGAAGAACAUCUCGUACAUUUAAGAGUGGACUUGCAAAUUUACCUCUUCGGGACAUUGGAAACUUAUCUCCCUUGAUAAAGCAGAACAGCAAAACUGGUUCAUCGCCCUUGGUAAAGCACAAAAGUAAAGUUAUUGAUCUUUCACAUACCAGCAAUGAGCAUCAAGCCACUGAGAAAAGCUUAUAAUUGUGUAUCGCCAAAACUAUUACAGACCUUAUAGAUUGGCAAGAAACACUAAGGAGAGGGGACGGAAAAUGAAUGAUCAUUUGAUUAGAAACAUAUUCCGGUGAGGUGGAUUGGAUGUUUGUAGUUCAUUAAAUUGGGAAAAACAUCGAUUUUAGUCCAAACGUUUGCUUUUUUUUGUCGAUAUAAUCCAAACGUUUGUUCUAGUUGUCGAUUUCAUCCAAAUGUAUGACUUUUGUCGUUAGUCCUUUGGACGGAAAAACCCCUCAAACUAAAUGAAAUUAGGUCCAAU